UCCGCUUCCGCUUCCACUCCUUCAACUUCGCCGCCAAGGCUCAGGCCAAUGUCGUCACUCCCUGCUCCUUUCAAUGGCACCACCACCGUUCACCGAGCCAAGUCAGCUUUGGAUGCUCAUAUGUAGGUGAAGUCUCCAUUUCACGAUCCUCGCUUGAUCCCAUCUCGCCUGUACACGUUUGGCGAGACAUUACCCACCAUGUCCGGCAUCAUCAACACCCUCUUACACGCGACCAACUUCCGCAACCCCUUCCUCCGCACCCUCGUUCCCUCCAUCGGCCUCGCCUUCGGCCUCCAAGCCGCAACAGCAGUCCCCUCCAUCCUCUUCCAAACCGAGCGCUUCUACGACCUUUCCGGCUCUCUAACCUACAUCUCCUGCACGGCGCUGUCCCUCUACCUCCCCACCCUCCGCGCUCGGUACGCGGCAACACUGAGUGCGCCAGCGUGGCCGAGUCUACUCGCCAGCCUCACGAGUAAAGGCGGCGUAAGCGCGUGGAAUUGGCGGCAAGUCGUCCUCUCCGCCGCCGUUACCAUCUGGGCUACUAGGUUGGGAUCUUACCUUUUCUCCCGUAUUACGUCCGACGAGGGCAGAGAUAGUCGCUUCGACAACAUCCGCGGCUCUCCGCCUACAUUCCUCGUCGCUUUCGUGGCGCAAGCGGUAUGGGUAUCCACCUGCCUUCUCCCGGUGCUGGCCGUGAACAGUAUCCCCGCCACCACGCUCGCGGCUCUGCCCUUCAUCACGGUAGUCGACGUACUAGGUCUGGCAUUGUACGUGGGUGGGAUUACCUUCGAAGCCACCGCCGACGCGCAGAAGAGUCGGUGGGUCAAGGAGAAGAAGGAGAAGAAGCAUAGCGAAGAGUUCUUGACUCGUGGGUUGUGGAGUAAGAGUAGACAUCCUAACUACUUCGGCGAAAGUACGCUGUGGACUGGCAUCGCUACGACGGCUGCGGGCGUGAUGCUCAGUAAUGUUGGGCAGGCCGGGAUGGGUUUUAGCGGGUCUUGGGCGAGCAGGUUAGGCGCUCUUGCUAUGGCUGGCGCAAGCCCGGCGUUUGUGACGCUUUUGCUGCUAUAUGUCUCUGGUGUGCCACUAAGUGAGAGCAAGUACGACAAGCGCUACGGCGACCGAAAGGACUACCAAAGGUGGAAGGAGGAGACGCCAAUGUUUAUCCCGAAGCUCUAAUCAUAGCUUCAUCAUUCAGUGCCCGAUGGCUAAUGCUUACAUUACAUGCUCAUCGUGGCCACAUAAGCCUCAUUAGC